GGUGAGAGGAACAAUUGGAAUGUAACAGUUGGUAAGAAUGGCACGGAAACAGUUGGCAUUUUUCAUUACGUUGCUGCUUGUCCUGCAAAUGGCAUUGGUGCUCUUUGCCCUCUAUCGGCAGUUUAUACUGAAGUGGUCCGUAGAUCACUUGGGCACAUCACUGAACCUCCAAGGGGACGCGCAAAUCCCAGAACCAAACCAGCAAAGGUUCUGGAAAGUUGACGAGAACAUCAGAAACAUCACCAGUACCCUGAGGGUAGACAUAGGAGGCGGCCGGGUCCCAAUAGUUAUCAACAGAACAUUCUCAUCGGCUCUCACUCCUGCCAGUACCUUCACUCUGGUGACAAGAAAUUUUGCCGAUGAGUUUCCAUAUCUGCAGAGCUACAUAUGUCAGAUAGCGAUAGCCCCGCCUGACCUGUGUCACGUAUCCAGUGGACAACGGCUAAUUUUGCUGGCUCUCAAAUCUCACUCUUCUAGGUUUGACAGGCGCCGCUUACUGCGGGAUACUUGGGUGAAGGAUUCAACCAAACCUGAUGUGGUGGUACGUCACAUCUUUCUCUUGGCUCAGGUGGAAGAAAAAGGCAUCAUGGAUCUCGUGAAGUUGGAGUCCAACUCUUUCGGAGAUCUGAUCGUGUGGAACUUUACCGAGACUCAUCACCACUUGCCACUGAAGGAGCGCUGCUUUCUGGAGUAUCUUUCACACAGCUGCUCAGCUGCCUCAAUGGUCUUCAAAGGGGAUGAUGAUAUUUUUGUAAACCUACCAAACCUUUUGACGUAUCUGCAGCAAAACCAAGAUGAGUCCAAGCCAAUGAUGUAUGGAUAUAUUCACUGGAACGAUCCUGUCCUCAGGUUCGGUAAAUAUAGUGUGAAUAGAACUUUGUAUUUCUGUAACCAUUACCCACCGUUUGCGGCUGGGGGUGCCUUCAUCAUGACAAUUAGUUCCGUGAGGAGAUUGUACAAAGCGUCCCUUAUUGUCCCAGUCUUCCCACUAGAUGACGUUUACCUGGGGUUCCUCGCCUUUGCUGGAGGCGUGGAGAUGAAGCACGACGAUCGCUUUGACGUGUUUGGAUAUUUUAAGAAAGACGUUUGCUCGAUCCAGAAGGUCCUGGCGAAACACGGAUUAGGUCCAGCGGAAAUUAAAUCACUGUCGUCACAAAUUCAAAGUGAAAAAUCCUGUUUCUGA